CUCGAAUCGUAUCUUCAAGAGGCAGAAUAAUGCAUUUCUCGAGCCGCUCCUAUAAACAUAUCAAGUGGGAAUCUAUACGACGCACUUCAUUGCCUCCGCCGCUACACUCGCGCAUCGCUAUGGCGAGUUUUCAUUGCAGAUAAAGAUGAGACUGGACAUGUACCCGCUCCUAACUGGUAUGAAGGCGUAAUCAAAGCUAUGCUAAGUGGCGGCCAUGUGCCAGUUUCACCGGAGACGGGCAGGACGAAUAUUGAGUUGCAACAUCCGGCCUUAGUGCAAAGAAGCCUAGUAGCAGCGAUUUCAAGUCGCAGGUUUUUUAGGACUAAUUACGGCUUGGUUGGGAUUGGUCCAGACAACAUCAAGAAUGGAGAUCUUGUAAGUAUAGUGUUCGGGGCUGAUAUGCCUUUAAUACUUCGACCAUUUGACAAGUUCCAUAAACUUGUCGGAGCAGCUUAUGUUCAUGGCGUUAUGAAUGGAGUAGUGGUGGAUAUUCAUAAACGUUUACGCACACGUGGACUUCCCCGACGGACAUUUCAUCUUCGUUAACGAAAGUUUAAAUUUAAUCCCGCUGAUCUUGUCCUGUAUACUAUAACGUUGACUUUGCUGGGUAUUGUGUAUUAAUAUAUUUUUCA